CUGCCCUGCACCAUUUUGCCCGGUGACAGAUGGAAGGUAGGUUCAUGUACACACUGAGUACGCUAUCUACGUAGUGGUACUUCGUACCUUCCACCAACAGGUGAUGCAAGGUAGUGUAGGAGAAACAUCUCCAAAUCUGCACAAAUUCGCAGUUCAUUCUACCCCGCAGUACAUCUCACCCCUCGUCGGCCGCAGUCGAGUAAAAGAAAGCAACCCGCCAAACACCGCAAAGAUGGUCGAGAAGCUCUACGUCACGUACAACGAUGUACACAAGCUCUGCCAGGAGUCCGCCGUCAAGAUCCUCGAGACCUUCCAGCCCCAGCUCAUCAUCGCCAUCGGCGGCGGCGGCUACGUCCCCGCCCGCAUCCUGCGCUCCUUCUUGAAGAAGCCCGGCAACCCCAACAUCCCUAUCCAGGCCAUCGGCCUCUCCCUCUACGAGAGCCUGCCCGAGACCUUUGGCGGCAACGCCACCCCCGGCGCUCCCGAGGUCCCUGGCACAAAGGUCACCCGCACUCAAUGGCUUGACCUCAACGCCAUCGGCGACAUGGAGAACCUCGUCGGCAAGCGCAUCCUCAUCGUUGACGAGGUCGACGACACCCGCACCACUCUCGAGUACGCCGUCAAGGAGCUCCAGAAGGACGUCGAGGCCGCCAGCCAGCGCCUCGGCAAGGGCGAGAAGACCGAGUUUGGCAUCUUCGUCUUGCACAACAAGGACAAGCAGAAGAAGGGUACCCUGCCCGAGGACAUGAUGAACUCUGGUCACUACCUCGCCGCCCGUACCGUCGACGACAUCUGGAUCAACUACCCCUGGGAGGCCAUCGACAUUGACGAGCACGACCGUAACGCCGCUGAGCAGAGAAAGUAAAGAAAUGGAUGGAGAAAUACAAACGUAUACCAGUGACACGAAACAAUGUGAGGAACACAGAGAGACGACACCAAAGAAGGAGCGUGGAUUUUAGAUGAGGAUGGAGGCUUGGGCGAAAAGAAGCCAGCCAGGGCGUAUAAAAAGGGAUACCAGGACGGGCAUGCCGUCGAGCUUGCCCGCCCGCAUACACAUUACCAAUGAUAUUUCAGUUGCUCACGUCUGGGCCUAACAGGCCCAAUACUGUUUCUUUUCCGGGCACCGUGGUCACGCGG